UCAACCAACACGAGUCGGGUCUGUAAAGAAAUUGACAUAAAUUUGAAUAAAAUAUGCAAUUUAUCUACUGCAGUGACGUAAUUAUCGAAAAAUGUUACGCUGCAAGAAGGUUUAGUGCUGUUUAAAACAUAUCAACUGCAUAUUAAUCUGGGUGCAGACAGAUUAUGUAAAAAAGGAUGUAUCUCAGGCUUUUCAUAAUUUAUUCAUUAACGUCUCUGACGAGUGCAUUAGAAAAGACGAUAUGUGAACCGAAGUUGGACACCCUCAGCUGUCAGACAGGCCUGAUUAUACAGAUUGAUGAUGUCAUGUACGGACGGACACAAAGUAGUGUUUGCAAUCCAUAUAAUACUAAUAUACAGAAUUUGAACUGCCGUUCAACACAGAAGAGUAUAUUAGCCGUUCAGAAGAGCUGUCAAUAUCGUACAACUUGUUUGAUCUAUGCCGACAACAGCUUCCUAGGAGAAGAUCCGUGUCCAUCUGUCUCAAAAUAUCUACAUGUAAAAUAUCGAUGUGUUGCUACAAUAAUACCGUCAGUUAAUACUCCACCAACAACACCAACUACAACAUUGCCGACGACGGCGAGUACCACUGCCAGUACGCCGACACCAUUAACAACAACUCAGGGAGCAAACAACCUACCACCAGGAAUUUUACCACUUGGAGUACAGUCUAAUCACACAAGUAGCCAGCAAUGUCACGAGUACCUUAUAUCCGGACCACGUGGUAUCCCUGACAGCCAAUUGUCUGCAUCUUCCAGAUUGUCGCUUAGCAACAACGCACAUCGGGCUCGUCUAUUUUUGGAAAUUGACAAAUAUCCGAGCGGUUUUACGCUCGAGGGUGGCUGGACCGCAGCGAGCAAUGACACUCAACCUUGGAUACAGGUAAAAAUGAACUGGCUGACAAUUAUCACAGGAAUCACAACACAAGGCCGGCACGUAAAUCCGAGCACGGGUUGUUGUCAGGAGUGGGUCACCAGGUAUAAAAUUCAGCACAGCAUUGAUGGCCUGACUUGGGAAACUGUUAAAGACAAAAGUGGACAACAAAAGAUAUUCAUCGGCAACACGGACACAUAUACACUCGUAACACACAUGUUUGAUUGCCCUUUUACUGCGCGAUUCAUACGAGUGGAAGUUUUACAAAAUCAUGGUCAUCCGUCAAUGAGACUUGAACUUCUAGGUUGUCCUUCCAAUACAGAUGACGUAGGUAAAUGUCCAAAAGGUUGGAAAGAGCGUCCGUCAAGCGGUACGUGCUACUAUAUCUCUGACCAAUCAGACAAGAAGACCUGGGAGAACGCUAUGCUCACGUGCAAACGUCGACAAGGAGAUGUCGUUAAAAUUGAUUCGUAUCAAGAAAAAGCAUGGCUACGAAACGAGCUACAAGCCCUACAACAAUCACAGAAGACUAACGUAUGGUGGGUAGGUCUGAACAACCGACCAAGAUUUGACAAUAACUACUAUAAAUGGGGCGACGGAACAUCACUGAAUGCCAACAUUCUCCGAUGGAAUCCGGGAGAGCCGAAUAAUUCUGGUGGGAAAGAGCACUGUGCUCAAUACACCCUGACUACAGACACGCUUAACGACAAAAAUUGUGAUAUUGCACUUCCUUUUAUAUGUGAAUUACAAAAAUAUUGGACUGCUCCUGUGAACAAACCAGGACUAGUAACAUUGCGACCAACAGUACCAUCCACCAAUGCCCCAUCCACUCUUCCUAACAAAGUACCAGUCCCAAUAGGGGUAACUGCCGUAACGUCUGGACCAAAUGUAUUCACAACUGGAUGUUUCAAUCAAACUGGCUGCGCAGGAAGAGCUUGGAACAAUUACCCUUCAUGCGCCGGAUGUGGAUAUUACUUGACAUGCGCACCAAGCGGUGUCUUUCUCCGAAAGUGUCCUCCAAAUUUAAAAUAUGACGCCAAUAUUGACGCUUGCUCGCAAACAACAUCAACAUGUCGGGGACCUUAAUUUAUAUAAACAGACGUGAAGUUAUCAAGAAAGAAAUAAAGAUUGUAUUUGACAUUGUGUUUGAAUUAUUGUUAACAUAGUUAAAUUAUCUCUUGUUACAAAAGUUCCAUGUAACCUAGAAAUGACUGAACAUUUUGUAAUGUCAUUAUAUUUUCGCGUGUUAUAAAUAAACACAUAUCGACUCUG